UUCCUCUAAUGCAGCAUGCAUAUUUGGAAAACUCGAGCCAUAUCUACCAACAAAAAGUCGCCGAGAUUUAUGAAUCCAUCAGAAUAUCAUUAAUAACGCAUGGAACUCUAAAAACAAGGCAUGGCAGACAUGAUCCGACGCUUGCAAAGCGCAAUGCUAAUAAUUUGUCUCACUAUCAAAAACUGGCUGCACUGCCUCCUCUGGUUCAUGCAUGGCCAGCUACACCACCUUUUUAUAUACAGAUUUGCACGGCUAAUAUUGGUCUUUAAUAAAAGAGAGGCAACCACCGCCAACAUCCUUGCAAGCACGGCAAUAUAUGCACAAUAUGUACAUACAUCGUUGGUGUAGAUUUUCCGUCAUUGACUACUCCCCACCCAUUCUCUCUUGCACUUUGUUAGCGAGUACAUCAUGUGUCUUAAUCUGUCGAUAUGUUUAUUUUGCCC